AUGCGAUCUGCAAGGGGCGAGCGUACGAGCGAAGGUUCCGGCGAAGUACAAGUGCCCGAGAAAAAAAAAGGAAGAAAAAAGAGGAGAGAGAGCAUCGGCCCCAUCUGCCACGAAUCCGGCCAAUGCGAGACCAACGAGAUCGAGCUGGAAGGCCGCCUAACCACACCUGACAGCAUCAACGAGAUCAAAGUCACCCUCGGCCCCGACGGCUCGUACCCGACGUGGAUCCGCAACGGGCUCGUUGACAUUCUCGCGCUGGCCGUCAAGGAGGUGGCGCAAUGCGAGACGGGGACCUAUACGAACAAGUGCUUUGGCACGACGGCCAUGGCGUAUUGUCCGCAGAAGAAGUCAAAGUAUACAAACUGCAAGGUGCCCAAAUUCUGGGGUAUCAACUACCAGUCGCCCAAGAACCCUGAUGGCGCUCCCCCCAACGUGGGCGUCGACAUCAGGAUGGAAGUCGUUGAUGAUAGCGAUUUGUGCCAGGAGGUCAUGGAUGGUAUUGGCACUGUUGCUGGUAUUGUCAAUGGCUACGCGGGAGAUACAUUCUCACUCCUUUCGUUUGCCUGCCUGCUUUAG